AUGAGUAGUGUAACCAAGGCUUCCGCAGAUUCCUUUGUUUGGAAUGACGAGACAAAAGAUUCAUUUUCCGCUUUGGACCAUCCUGGAUAUGCUUUGAAUUGUGACCCAGAGACAAAGUUGGGUGGAUGGAAUGUCUAUCGUGGAGUCUGGGAAGUUCCAGAAGGAGAAGGGAAAGAGGCCCCAUCCUGUUGGAUCAAAGAUGAAGUGAUGGAUAUUAUCACCAAAUUUGAUUACUCCUCGAUGCCUAUUGGCCGGGCACCCCGAAUUUUGGUACUCUAUGGAUCCUUGCGCCCUACUUCCUUUAGCCGAAAGCUUGCCUUGGAAUUUGCUCGUAUCCUAGACUUGUUGGGCUGUGAUGUCCGUGUGUACAACCCUCAAGGAUUGCCGGUGCGAGAUCCUGCAUUGGAGAACGAAGCCAAGGUUCAAGAGUUGCGAGCCUUGACGCAAUGGAGUGACGGACAUGUUUGGGUAUCUCCUGAAAUGCACGGAACCAUGACUGGAACAUUCAAGAAUCAAAUUGACUGGGUCCCAUUGAACUCUGGAUCGGUUCGUCCAACUCAGGGCAGAACAUGUCUUGUGGCACAAGUCAAUGGUGGUAGCCAAUCCUUUAACGCCGUUAACGCUUUAAGACUUUUGGCCCGAUGGAUGCGAAUGCCAUGUUGUACCAACCAGAGCUCAGUGGCCAAAGCCUGGAAGGAAUUCGGCGACGAUGGUCGGAUGAAAGACUCCAGUUUCCGAGAACGAGUCGUUGAUUGUGCCGAAGAGUUUGCCAAGUUCACUGCAGUCAUGGCACCUGUCGCCGAUGAUUUGAACAAUCGGUACAGCGAGCGCAAGGAAAAGAUGAAGGAGGGAAAAUUGCUGACACAGUUGGAGAAGGAGACACGAACGGCACAAAAGUAG